CAUUAAUAAGCAAUAUCCUCCCUUUAGUAUUUUGAUAGCAAUGCUAUAAAUAGUUGAAGAAGGCGUACACCUCAAAAGCUAACAACUUUAGUCAUUUAUCUGUCACAAAAAAAAAACAUCCUUUAAACCAACGUUUUCUUCGGCCUAAUAUAAUAUAUCUAAAUCCAUUCUCUCUUCAAUUCCCAACAACCCAUUAUCAGUUUUUUUUUUCAUUUUGAAAUCCCUCUUUCCCUUCCAUAUCCCUUUCUCUUGGAUCUUCUCUCCUGGGUGUUGUUAAAAGAAGCAAACUUUUAUCAGCCAAAAUAAAUCACAGGAGGAAGAAGAAGAACAGGAAAAGGUGAAUUUUUCAUUCUUUUGAGAAGGAAAAAGAAGGUUCUCUGUGUUAUUCGACAGGGAAAAUGGAACAAAAGGGGAUGUUUUUCUCAGCUUUAAGUGUUGGGGUUGGUAUCGGGGUUGGCCUUGGAUUGGCCUCAGGGCAAACUGUGAACAAAUGGACAGGCAACAUCACUGCAGAUGAUGGAAUUACUGGGGAGCAGAUUGAGCAGGAACUUAUGAGACGAGUUAAAGAUGGAAAACUCAGCAAGGUCACUUUUGAUGACUUUCCUUAUUACCUUAGUGAAAGAACCCGAGAAUUGUUGACGAGUACGGCAUAUGUCCAACUAAAACACAACGAUGUUUCUAGACACACACGGAACCUUUCCCCUGUCAGCAAAGCUAUUUUGCUCUCAGGCCCUGCUGAGCUUUACCAGCAAAUGCUUGUCAAGGCUUUGGCACAUUACUUUAAAUCGAAGCUUCUGCUUUUGGACAUUACUGAUUUUUCUCUCAAGAUGCAGAGCAAAUAUGGUUGUACCAAGAAAGAACUUGCUUUGAAGAGGUCCAUCUCAGAGGUGACUUUAGAUCGAGUGAACAGCUUGUUUGGUUCCUUUACACUCCUUCCACAAAGAGAACAAACAAAUGGUACAUUCCUUCGACAUGGUAGUGCUACUGAUAUUAAGUCCAGCGCUGUUGAAGGUUCAAGCAAUCUUCCCAAACUCAAAAGAAAUGUCUCUACAUCAUCUGACAUGAGUAGCAUCUCUUCGACUUCAGCUGUUUUCAAUCCAGUGCACAAGCGCACUAGCAGUUGGUGCUUCGAUCAGAAACUUUUUCUGAAGUCACUUUACAAGGUACUGGUUUCAGUAUCAGAAACCAGUUCCAUCAUCUUGUACCUGAGGGAUGUCGAGAAGCUCCUCCUUCAAUCAGAACAGUUAUAUAAUAUGUUUCAAAAGUUGAUGAACAAACUUCCACAUUCAGUGUUGAUACUUGGUUCGAGGAUGUUGUACCCAGAAGACGAUUACAGGGAGGUCAACGAGAGGCUCUCGGUAUUAUUCCCGUACAAUAUCGAGAUAAAACCACCAGAAGAUGAAACUCAUCUUGAUAUCUGGAAAGCCAAACUGGAAGAGGAUAUGAAGGCACUUCAAGUUCAAGAUAACAGAAACCACAUUGCCGAGGUACUCGCAGCAAAUGACCUUGAAUGUGAUGAUUUGGGUUCUAUCUGUCAUGCAGACACAAUGGUCUUAGGUAAUUAUAUUGAAGAAAUUGUGGUAUCGGCAAUUUCUUAUCACUUGAUGAACAGUAAGCAUCCGGAAUACCGAAAUGGCAAGCUUGUUAUAUCAUCCAAGAGCUUGUCCCAUGGACUGAAUAUAUUCCAAGGAAAAGCUUGUGGGAAGGAUACCUUAAAAUUGGAGACAAAUGCUGAACCUGCCAAGGAAAAUGAAGGUGAAGAAGCUGUAAGCGCAAAAACAGAACCAAAAUCUGACACCGCUGCACCUGAAAGCAAAAAUGAGACCGAGAAGUCCCUUUCUGGUGCAAAGGACAGAGAGAACCCACCCGCAGAAAAAGCACCUGAAGUUCCACCUGAUAAUGAAUUCGAGAAAAGAAUAAGGCCAGAGGUUAUCCCUGCAAAUCAGAUUGGAGUGACAUUUGCAGAUAUCGGUGCUAUGGAUGAUAUCAAAGAAUCACUUCAAGAGCUGGUCAUGCUCCCUCUUCGAAGGCCAGAUCUCUUCAAAGGGGGGCUUCUCAAGCCAUGUAGAGGUAUCUUACUCUUCGGGCCUCCCGGUACUGGGAAAACAAUGCUGGCUAAGGCCAUUGCAAAUGAAGCAGGAGCAAGUUUCAUUAAUGUCUCAAUGUCCACCAUCACAUCAAAAUGGUUUGGUGAAGAUGAAAAGAACGUGAGAGCUUUAUUUACACUAGCAGCAAAGGUCGCACCAACUAUUAUUUUUGUGGAUGAGGUUGAUAGCAUGCUGGGGCAAAGGACUAGAGUUGGGGAGCAUGAGGCCAUGCGGAAAAUUAAGAAUGAGUUCAUGUCACAUUGGGAUGGUCUAUUGACCAAAGCCGGCGAGCGGAUUCUUGUCCUUGCUGCAACCAACAGGCCAUUUGACCUUGAUGAAGCAAUAAUUAGGCGUUUCGAGCGCAGAAUUAUGGUUGGCCUUCCAUCCGUUGAGAGCAGGGAAAUAAUUUUGAAAACUUUACUGGCAAAAGAAAAAGUCGAAGAUCUCGAUUAUAAGGAGCUUGCAACCAUGACAGAAGGAUACAGUGGAAGUGAUCUCAAGAACUUGUGCGUCACGGCAGCUUAUCGACCUGUUAGGGAGUUGUUAAAGCAGGAGAGGUUGAAGGAUCAGGAGAAGAAGAGGCUAGAAGAAGCAGGCAAGACCACAGAAGAUGCUUCGGAGACAAGAGACAAUAACACAGAGGAACGAGUAAUCACAUUGAGGCCUUUAACCAUGGAAGAUAUGAGACAAGCAAAGAAUCAGGUUGCUGCCAGCUUUUCUUCCGAAGGAUCGGUAAUGGCAGAGCUAAAGCAAUGGAACGAUUUAUACGGAGAAGGAGGUUCGAGGAAGAAGGAACAGUUGACUUACUUCCUUUAGAUUGUAAAAUCAGACGUCCCAUUUCCUCAUCAACAUAGUUCUCCAUGGAAGAGGUGUAAAAAUUUGGUUAUUCCAAAAGCUCCUUCAACAAAAAUAGGAUUGUUCAACCAUACUCACCGGUCUCACAUGGAUGGGGUAGUAUCAAAGACGACGGGAAGCUCCGGCCCGGAUCCGAAUUGCCGAACGAUAUGAACCACAGAGCUCUUGUUAGGGUGUGUGAAAUGCAUUGAUAUAUAUAUAUAUAUAUGACAUUUGUACAUGAUGCUUAGAAAAGGGUUUUUGGGAAAAGA